GCAACUGCCGCUCUUUCUUCAAUCUCGGUUUUCUUACUGUCUCAGAUCCGCCAUUGUUACAUUUUCUUCUUCUUCCUUCAAUAGGUCAUAAGUUCAAACCUUUGUUUGGAGCUUUAGUCUUCUUUGAUUUAGAGCUUUAGUCUUUUUUUUCCCCAUCGAAGCGGUGGCUAUGCCCACCACCAAAAAGAUUUCCGACAGGAACCACUUAGGGCAAGUGUUCAACAAGCUAUUGAAUCAGAUUGGAGAAUCUGAAGAAUUUGAGUUGCCAGAUUGGUUGAACAAAGGGAAACCUACUCCUUACAUCUUCAUCAGGCGCAGUAUUUACUUGACGAAGAAAGUCAAAAAGAGGGUUGAAGAUGAUGGAAUCUUCUGUUCUUGCUCCUCUGCGUCCCCUGGCUCUUCUUCAACUGUGUGUGGCAGUAAUUGCCAUUGUGGGAUGCUAUUCUCAACCUGUUCUUCAAGCUGCAAGUGUGGGAGUGAGUGUAACAAUAAGCCGUUCCAACAACGCCAUGUCAAAAAGUUGAAGUUAAUUCAGACAGAAAAAUGUGGAUCAGGGAUUGUAGCCGAAGAAGAAAUCAAACCAGGAGAGUUUAUCAUUGAAUAUGUUGGAGAAGUUAUAGAUGAUAAGACUUGUGAAGAAAGGCUUUGGAAGAUGAAACACCGUGGCGAGACAAACUUUUAUUUAUGUGAGAUAAACAGAGAUAUGGUGAUUGAUGCUACUCACAAGGGAAAUAAAUCGAGAUAUAUCAAUCAUAGUUGCAACCCUAAUACGCAGAUGCAGAAAUGGAUAAUUGAUGGCGAGACAAGAAUCGGCAUUUUUGCCACGCGUGGCAUCAAAAAGGGAGAACAUUUGACCUAUGAUUAUCAGUUUGUUCAGUUUGGUGCUGAUCAAGACUGCCAUUGUGGAGCCGUAGGUUGCAGAAGAAAGCUUGGGGUAAAACCUAGCAAACCUAAGGUAGCCUCGGAUGAAGCUUUGAAUCUAAUUGCAAAUGAAGUGGCCCAGACUCAGCCCAAGGUGCAUCAAAAUGGGCAUAUACAUGCAGGAAAAUCAUGGAAAAAUCUUAGUCAAGGGAAAAUAUGUUCUCGUAAUUGCAUUGGUGCAGUGAUUAGGUUAUCUCGCGCUACGAGUGAUAGGUGUUUUGGCCUUGUUAGACAUUUUGAUGAGCAUUCCAGAAAGCACUCGGUUAUGUUCGAGGAUGGUGUCACCGAGUUUAUCGAUAUGUCGAGGGAAGACUGGGAGAUUGUAACUGUCUGAUAUUGUAUUGAGAGUUGAGAAACUAAAAUAAUCUAUCUUGGCGCAGUGACAUUGUUGUUACAUCUAACUUGAUAUAAGUUGUACCAUAAUAUAAUGUUUGCAAAAUAUAUCAACUUGUAACCACAUUUGUACUUUCAUCUCAUUCAUUUUUCUCAUGAGCAUCUCAAAUGAUGAUGUCUUGCAUCUUGCCAGAACUUCGUGGUGUAUAAUUUGACUUUGUAUUGUUGUAUGAAGAAGAUAUCUCGUUCCA